AUGGUUAACUUUACUGUCGACGAAAUUCGGGGCUUGAUGGACAAGAAGAAGAACAUCCGUAACAUGUCCGUCAUUGCUCAUGUUGAUCACGGCAAAUCAACAUUAACUGAUUCACUUGUGUGCAAAGCUGGUAUCAUUGCUCAACAAAAGGCUGGUGAAAUGCGUUUUACUGAUACUCGCAAGGAUGAACAAGAACGUUGUAUUACCAUCAAAUCAACGGCUAUUUCACUCUUUUAUGAAUUACCUGCCAAAGAUUUACCAUUCAUCAAACAAGAACGUGAACAAGAUAUUUCACACUUCUUAAUCAAUCUUAUCGAUUCACCGGGCCACGUUGAUUUCUCAUCCGAGGUUACUGCUGCUUUACGUGUCACCGAUGGUGCUCUCGUCGUCGUCGAUUGCGUCUCAGGUGUGUGCGUACAAACUGAAACAGUACUUCGUCAAGCUAUUGCUGAACGUAUCAAACCAAUCUUAUUCAUGAAUAAAAUGGACCGUGCUUUACUCGAAUUACAACUUCAACAAGAAGAUCUUUUCCAAACCUUUCAACGUAUUGUUGAAAACGUCAACGUCAUCAUUGCUACCUAUGGUGAUGAUAGCGGUCCAAUGGGUGAAUUACAAGUUGACCCAACAAAAGGUACGGUUGGUUUUGGUGCCGGUCUUCAUGGUUGGGCUUUUACACUCAAAGAAUUCGCUGAAAUGUAUGCAUCGAAAUUCAAAAUCGAGGUUGACAAACUUAUGAAACGAUUGUGGGGUGACAACUUCUUCUCAGCAUCCGAAAAGAAAUGGUCCAAAACCGGUGGCGAAGGUUACGUUCGUGGUUUCUGUCAAUUCGUUCUUGAUCCAAUCUUUAAAGUUUUCCGAGCUAUUAUGGAUUGCAAAAAAGACGAAUACACAGCAUUACUCGACAAAUUGAACAUUAAAUUACAAGGUGACGAUCGAGACAAAUUAGAAGAAGGUGGCAAGCCAUUAUUGAAACUUGUCAUGAAACAAUGGUUACCAGCUGGUGAUGUUCUUUUAACAAUGAUUGCCAUUCACUUACCAUCACCCGUCGUUGCACAAAAAUACCGUGCUGAACUUCUCUAUGAAGGUCCACAAGAUGAUGAAGCCUUUAUGGGUAUCAAGAACUGCGAUUCAAACGCUCCAUUGAUGAUGUACAUCUCUAAAAUGGUACCGACAUCUGAUAAAGGUCGUUUCUAUGCUUUCGGUCGUGUCUUUUCUGGUGUUGUUCAAACUGGUCAAAAAGCACGUAUCAUGGGUCCUAACUACGUACCAGGCAAAAAGGAAGAUCUCUACGUUAAAAGUAUCCAACGUACAAUUCUUAUGAUGGGUCGUUACACUGAACCAAUUGAAGAUGUACCAUGCGGUAACAUCUGUGGUCUUGUCGGUGUCGAUCAAUAUUUGGUUAAAACCGGUACAAUUACCACCUUUGAAAAUGCACACAAUCUUCGUGUCAUGAAAUUCAGUGUCAGCCCUGUCGUGCGUGUCGCUGUUGAACCUAAAAAUCCAGCUGAUUUACCAAAAUUAGUCGAAGGUUUAAAACGUCUAGCCAAAUCGGAUCCUAUGGUUCAAUGUAUCAUCGAAGAAUCGGGUGAACACAUCGUUGCUGGUGCUGGUGAAUUACAUUUGGAAAUUUGCUUGAAAGAUCUUGAAGAAGAUCACGCUUGCAUUCCAAUCAAAGUUUCUGAUCCAGUCGUUUCAUAUCGUGAAACUGUUUCUGAAGNUCAUAUUUUUUUAUAUACCGUCAAGUUAUUUCUCUGUUCGUGUACUAUUUUAUUUUUUCGAAAUUCGAGCAAUUUUCCUACUUUGUACACCUGUCAUCGGCAAACGCAUACAAAAUCGAGAUCGGCUCAAUAA